AUGUCCAGUAUUCCCCAGCUCGGCUUUUGGGAAAAGGCAGAUCUGCCUUUUGCCCACCUGUCAAUCUUCGCCAGUGUUCUAUACCACGCGAUUACCGGUGUUUUCCGGGGUAAAGCCAGCCCUAAACGCUACGACCACCACAUCAUGGCAGCCAUGAUCCGCAAGCUGGUAGACCGUACAUCCGAUCGCCAGAAGCAGUACCUUAACGCGCCAACUGCAGACACCUAUACAGCAGUCAUGAAGAAGCGCGGUCUCCAAUCAGAGACAAUCGCCCUUCCCCACGGGGCCCAAGGCCACUGGAUAGGCAACAAGAACGCAAAGAACGUGAUUGUCUACUACCACGGCGGCGGCUUUGCCAUGCCAGCCGUACCAGCACACUUCGAAUUUUGGCUUGAAAUGUUACGCGCACUCAAUGAAAACGGCCACGACCUAGCAGUCUUCUUCCUAAACUACACACUAACCGGUCAAGGCGAAUAUCCCACCCAACUCCGGCAAGCAAUCGAAGCUUUACGCUACAUCCUGGAGAGCACAAAGCACUCCCCCUCAAACGUAAUCGUAGGCGGUGAUUCAGCCGGCGGGAAUCUAGCAACCGCAACCCUCCUCCACCUCAGCCACCCGCAUCCGGAAAUCGACCCAGUGGAAGUAUCGGCGCCGUUGGCGGGUGUAUUUGCGUACGCGCCUUGGGUUAAUUUUAGUACUGACUGGCCAUCCUUUGAAGAGAAUAAGUGGCGGGAUAUUCUCACAUCUGAUGUGCUUACUACUUGGUCCACGGCGUAUCGGGGGGAUAGACCUGUUGAUCAGUGGAAUGAGCCGUUUACUGCUCCUGUUGAGGUUUGGAGGGGGGCUAAGACUGAGAAGAUUUUGAUUCUGGUUGGUGGGACUGAGAUUUUGUUGUCUCCUAUUGAGGCUUUUGCGAGGAAUAUCAAGUCUGUCUUCCCUGAGACUGUUUAUUAUGUUGGUGUUGAUGAGACGCAUGAUGCGCCGUUCUACUUGUCUACUAAGGAAGAUACGCAGAGUGGAUUGGAGCUGAGACAGUGGCUGGCUGCUCGUCUGUGA